AUGUCCUCCAAUACCACAGACAUCUCCGACUUCAACUUUACCGGUGGCUUCCCCACCUCUACCGACCUCGCCCCGUCCAUUGUCUUUUUGGCUAUCCAUCAGUAUGUUCUCGCUAUCCCCGUCCUCGUCUUCCGCUUAGUCCGCAAGCAAGACCGCACCAUGAUCCUCAUACGGCCCGCCGUCUUUGUCGCCUGUCGCCUCGGAAGUUUCGGAUUGAGAGCUUGGAUGUCCAAAAACACGUACAACGAGAGCGAACUCAUCGCCGAGCUCGUCAUGAUUUCGAUUGGUGCCCUUUUCUUGAUUGCCCCUCUCAUCUCGUGCUGGACGAACCAUGUCGAGUCAGAGGUCAGGCCGGAAGACAGGCCUCGAUGGUUGUCUCUCCUUUCAAAGGCACUGCACCUCCUCCUCAUGGCCUGCAUUGCCACAGCGGUCGUUGGCUCCUCCAUGAUCGGCUCAGCCAUCAAAGACCCCAGCAAGAUGGACACUGUCACCGGUCUUCGACGAGCCAGUCUGGUUCUCUCCGUCGUCGUCGUCGGUCUCGUGGGAGCCGGUAUCACCCUCACAGCUGUUAACUACAACCUCUCCCGCCGAGGUACCGCCUGGCUUUACGUUCUCGACGGCUGUCUUCUCGUCAUAACCGUCUACAAGCUCGCCCAAUUUGAAAACACCGACUCGGACUCUGUGGCCCAGUCCCGCGUCGCUUUCUGGAUCCUGCAGAUCCUCUUUGCAUUCAGUCUCAUCAUGGCCAUCUCCCUCCCCACCUGGUUCUCUUCCGUCGACCACGAAGAGUUGCUGCUCGACAUCGAGAUGGGAGGCCAAAAGAAUAUGGGCAACCCCUCCAUGGCCUCUCUCCGGAGGUAG